GAGAUUUUGCAAGUUUCAAGAAAAGUUUUCUCUGUUGGCGACCUUAAACAAUCAAUUUAUCAGCACAGCUCUCCCCGUCCAACUGUUUUUCUACGUACCAUGGUCAACCAAGUCGAGUUGCUGCAAUGGUACAUCAUGACGCGGCGGAACUUCAGCCGCAAGAAAAAGAUGCGUUACCUGAGCCUAAUUGACUGCGUAGAGCGGCCCUUAAUUCCUAACGUGUCCUUUGACUUGGCACGCUACACUAACGCUAACUGUGAGCAUGAGUUUCGUUUCGACGUGGCUGGAAUCCAUGAGCUGUUUUCGUUGCUGCGUAUUCCAGAUGAAGUGGUUACUGUCUACAAUGGCAAAGUUCACGAUCGCUGUCCUGGUAUCGAGGCUCUGUGCAUCAUGAUUCGCCGCCUCGCUACCCCAAUGCGCUACUACGACAUGCUACAGGUUUUUGGAAGCUCUCGUGGACGGCUAAGCAGAAUUUUUCUACACAUGAUCGACUACGUGCACGACACCUUCUCGGACAAGCUGUACAUGCCGACCCACAUCGUGGCAGCGAGGAUCAAUGACUACUGCGCGUCUGUGCCCUCUCACCGUUGAAGCUGUUGUUCUGCGUACGUGCAGCUAACCCGAGUCGUUGUAUCUGCCGUGCACGCGAGUGUAGUAGCGACAUCCUUGCCCGGGAAGAUCCACUCUGGACGGUAGCACUAUAUACAGGCUCUCGCGCGUACGUCGUGUUACUACGUGGGCUUCAAACCCGUGGAGGAAAGGCACGCACGUGUCCGGGUCUAUCUAGGAGAGGAGGCGGUGAGCUCGUGGCGUUGGGGUCGACGGGGAUCUCUCCGUCUGGCUGGAUGUCGUGCUCGAUCGCCAAGUUGUUCCCAAUUUCUUCGUUACACUUGUAAUUUACGUGGUAGCUGGCACUUAAGCACCUCGCAAAAUUAAUAUUGAUGCUUGCAGACUGCGAAU